GUGGAGGCAGAGUGUGCGGGGUCUGGUGAAACUCAGGUCGGUCUCAGAGGUCCCACAGCUUGCUGCCCACUAGGGCCCACCCUUCAGGGAGGGGCUACUUCCCUUCCUGUGAGGCCACUGAUGAGGAACCAAUGACAUGUCACAUGAAGCCUGGACCCUGUCACACCCCAUUCACCUAUCCUGGGAGGCUCUGCGGAGUUUACACAUCGUCUGCACACUGAGGACCAUGGGAGGACGCUCCAUGACUUCCACCCUCACUGCCCUUCUCUGCCUCAGGCUGUGUCAGGGCCCGUGGGACCAGGUACAGGCAGGAGACGUCCCCAAACCCUCCAUCUGGGCUGACCCAGGUCCCAUUGUCACCAACGGGAGCUCUGUGACCAUCUGGUGUCAGGAGCAUCUGCAGGCUAGUGCCUACGUUCUGUAUAAAGAGAGGGGCUCUGAGCCCUUGGAUACCAGGAUCCCACAGAACCCCAGCAACAAGGCCGGUUUCCUCAUUGAAGCCACGACCCCAUCCCAUGCAGGGCUGUACCAUUGUGCAUAUUACACCACUGGGGACAUACUCUCAGAGCGGAGUGACCCCCUGCUCCUGGUGGUGACAGGAAUGUACCCUGCACCCUCCCUCUCAGCCCAGCCAAGCCCUGUGGUGGCCUCAGGAGGGAACGUGUCCCUCUCCUGUAGCUCACAGUUCACAUCGGGCCCUUUCCAUCUGCUGAAGGAGGGAGGGGCUGACCCACCCCAACACAUGGAAGCAGAACUGAGGAUGCAUGCUGGCAGGUCAAAGGCCCAAGCCAUCUUCCCUCUGGGCCCUGUGAGCACCUCCCAUGGGGGGUCCUACAGAUGCUAUGGUUCUUCCAGCUCCUACCCCAACGUGUGGUCACAGCCCAGUGCCCCUCUGCACAUCAAGGUCACAGGUCUCAAAUGGUACCUGAUUGUCCUGAUCGGGGUCUCGGUGGCCCUGGUCCUGCUGCUCUCGCUCUUCCUCUUCCUCCUCCGACACCAGCGGCGCCAGAGCAAAGGCAGGACGUCAG